AUGUCAGAUGAAGAAGGUAUGAUUGAAGAUGGUGAAGAAGAAGAGGAAGACGAAGACGAAAGAGGCGAACAUGAAGAAGAAUAUAUUCAUCAAUCGACUGAACCGAUAAUCGAUGUUUUACAAAUUGACAAUGAAUUAUCAUCAACGAAAUAUCGUUUUAAAAAAAAUGAGAUUAUGCUUUGUUAUCAUGGUUUAUUAUUAUAUGAAGUUAAAUGUGUUGAUCAUAAAAUGAAAGAAAAUGAUAGUGGAAAUUUUCAUCGUCCAUCCUAUUUAGUACAUUAUUGUGGAUGGAGUUCAAAAUGGGAUGAAUGGGUUGAUGAAACACGUCUUGUUAAAAUGGAUGAUGCUGGUUUAAAAAAACAAGCACAAUUACUUGUUCAACAUGGUAAAGGCAAAGCUCGAUUGAAAAAUUUACGAAAAAAUAAUAGUACAAGUCCAUUAAAACGAACAACAAGUCGAUCAAUAUCAGAUCAUUCAACAAAUACAAAUAUCGAUUCAAUCACAAAUGAAACAACAACAAAUCAUAACAACAACAUUAAUAUUAAUAAUAAUGUUAAUAACAAUAAUAAUAAUAUUAGUCAUUUUCCAUUAGAAGAAACACCAUCAUUAUCUGGACGAAGUGAUACGGGAAGUAGUAGUAGUAGUAGCAGUAGUACAACCAGUGAAUUUACAUCAAACGCAGAUUUAACUACUACAACUAAUGAUUUAAUCGAAUCUGAUGCAAAGAGAUUUAAACGAAGUAUAAAUACAACCGGAAAAAUAACAACGAAAGAUAAAAUAACAUAUAAUUUAUAUUUAGAAAUUGAUUCAACAUCGAUUAUUAUUAAUGAUUUAUCACCUUCAAUCUUAGCUCAACAUGAAACAUGUCAACGUAUAACGCGUCGUUUUUAUUCUUAUCAAAUGGAAUGGUUACAAUUUCCAUCUGAACUUGUCGAAUUUUUAAUAAAUGAUCGUGAUCUAGUUAAUAAUCAAAAUUAUCUUCUUUCAAUUCCACCAGCAGAUUCAUCAUUAAUUAUACGUAAUAUAUUUAAUAAUUAUUUAGAACAACAAAUCAAUGAAUGUUCAUUAGCUGAAGUACUCGCUAUAAGAACAUUAAUAUCAUCGUUAAUUGAUAUGUUUAAUAUAGCACUUGGUAAAUGUUUACUUUAUCGUUUUGAACGUUUACAAUUACGACAAUUAUUAGAAAAAGAUUCAACAAUAUUAUUAUGUGAUUAUUAUGGUUCAAUACAUUUACUUCGAUUUUUAUGGCGUAUUAAAGAUUUAUUACGUGAUAUGAGUUCAAAUACAAAUCGAGAAGAAUAUGGUUUAUUAUUAGGACGUGUUCAACAUAUUUUGAAUUAUUUAUAUGAAAAUAAAACAAUAUUAUUUCCUUCAAAUGAAUAUGAUAUUUGUUCAACAGAAUACUAUCGUUGUUCGUUGCAAUGUUUUCAAUAA